AUGGCAUUUAUUUCCCCUGCCACGGUGUUGGGCUACUGUCUCGGCCGACGACCUGGUCUACAGGGGGCCCUCCAUUCGUGGACCAACAGCCGCUCUCUCCGGGGAGUUGAUGAUUGCGAAGAGCCUGACCCGCCCCCAGGGUCGCCGCGAGACGGGGCUGAUAGGUCCAUCGUUGAGGCGAUCAAAACUCUACGGAGUUCAUCAUGCAAGACUUCUGCCGAAGCAAAGUUGAUGCUGGCCGUUCGGGCGAGUCCUCCGGCAGUGGUGCACCGAUGGCUACUGCAGAUUUUCUGCGUUCUUAUGGAGAGCGAUGAAGCUCUGGAGGAAGUCUACCGGCUGUCGGGGGAGGCGGCCUUGAGCCUAUUGGGCCUGGCGCAAAUCGUCGAUGAUGACCGCUGCGCCACAAAAUUAGCCGCUAUUGACCAUCUGGCUCCAACAUGCAUGGAGUUGGUCCGGCAGCUGGGGGAAAUCUCAACGCAUUUGGCGACCCUCCCUUUUGCUCGACGAAAGGAAGUCCUCGAGUGGCGACUGAGGAAGGUGAAGUUGUCUACGGGCACUUGGUUGGGUGAUGAUGGGACUUGGCGGACCCUUCGGGGCCUGGACCUUCCUAGAUGCUUCCUACUUAGUGAGUGGAGUAGCUCUACGCCCUUCCAUGUAUGCCUGUCGUUGGAAGAGUCUUGCUCCAGCAUUGAAGAGAACACCGGUAUCGCCCUGGUGGGCACGUCGUCUGAAGGGGUACUCUACCCUCGGUCGCUGCUGUCACUCGCCGCCCCCCGUCGCAGUAGGAAGUCGACUAUGGUCAAUACGGCGGAACACACAACGGAGAGGAGGAGGAUGACGACGAGCGUUUCGAAGAGGCCUUCUGGAUGGACCAAGGAGGUAUCCCGAUCGGUCCCUUCUGGUGGAGUUGCCUCGCUGGUGGCGAAGGCAGGGAGUAUGUCGAUUCUGCAGGAGCAAUUGGCGCUCUCGAUGAUAUCAUGGAUGAGGAGCUGCUGGCUGGAGUGCCCCCAAGGAACUUUGGAGAGGUCCUUGGGGGCGGCUGUGAGGCUGUACCGAGUCCUAUGCACUAGCAGUGGUGGCGUGGUCGAGGCAGUGCCCAACGCUGUCAGCUUGGACUCCCUCAAAAAGGCCUAUGGUGACACGUGGGUGUCACUGAGCGCUCAUUUCGAGGACCGAUGGCCCGGGGAGGAGGGGGAGGCCGCUCUUGACAAGUUCUGUAGCUCCAUGGCAGCCUACUCGGUCAUAUGCUACGUCUUAGGAGUGAGGGAUCGACACAAUGCGAAUAUACUUCUAUGUGAUGAUGGUAGCAUCUGUCAUGUUGACUUUGGUUUUUUCCUCACGAACAGCCCCGGCAAUGUAGCCUUUGAGCCCUCAUUGAAGCUCACUGAGGAGUUGGUGGAAACUCUGGGAGGAGAGGACAGUCGACGAUUUGGGGUCUUUAGGAGAAUGGUAGUCCGAGGCUGCAUGGUCUUGAGGAGGGACAUCGACACACUCAAGAGCAUGAUCGAAUUACUUUUCCCUCCACUGCCCGAGACUAAUGGUUGGUGGCUGGGCCCUAGGCUCCCUUGCCUCUCUCAAGGGCUACCACACACUCUACUCCAAAUGGACCAGAGACUACGACUGGAGCUCUCUGAACAUGCCUUCAAGGACUAUCUACUGGACCUCGUUGAUCGAUCUGUUGCUAAUUGGCGCUCGAGGUGGUACGACCGGUAUCAGCGCUACUUUGGUGGAAUACUGUAG